GGCAGCAGCACUGAGUGGCCUGUUCUUUUUCCAGCACUGCCUGGCAGGGAAGCUUCAAGUUCAUUGAACAUCCACCGUUUCUAGGAACUUAAAAAAAAAAAUACUUCUUCAAAUGAACACUGCCUAAACUCUUCAGGACCAAAAUGGGUACAGGGGAUUAUAUCUGCAUCACUAUGACCGGAGGGGCACCUUGGGGUUUUAGACUGCAAGGUGGCAAGGAAGAAAAGCAGCCUUUACAGAUUGCCAAGAUCCGCAACAAGAGCAAAGCAGCGAAUGCCGGACUAUGUGAGGGAGAUGAAGUGAUAUCUAUCAAUGGCAAUCCUUGUGCUGACUUGGCUUACUCUGAAGUUAUCACCCUGAUGGAAGGCUUGACUGACACACUCCAGAUGCUUAUCAAGAGGUCUUUGAGUGGGGUAAAUGAGACUCACGCUCCUGAAAAUGAAACAACCAGAGACAACCAGAACAUUAAAAAUAACAAAUAUAAAGAAAGCACCACUCUGCAAAUCAGAACAGCCACUCAAAGGCCCCACAUGGAAUUGCAAAUCACAGGGGCAACCAACGAAAUGUUCCAGAUUGAGCAGCAAAGCGCUGUGGUGGAUAGAGAAAUAGCACAUUGUCAUAAAAUCCCUCCCAAAGUGAUAGAAGCCCCGAAAGCACAAUUGAUCAAUCUGCCGGCUUUCUCUGGGGAGAAGGGAGAAAGGGCAGUCCCUACAGUGGAGCUGCAGUUGUCCCUCUCGCACGACAGGCACAAAGACAGCAGUGUCCCGAGUCUAAAAGUUCUGGGGGCUGAAAAGUACAAGUGUUCAGAAACAGGAUGCAACCUUCAGCAAGACGAGAGUCGCUCGGUGACUUCAGCUCCCGCUGCUGAAAAAGACCCAUCUGUCCGGCUCUCGAGCCGAACGUUCCAGAUCGCUCCUUGCAAAGGGGUCAAAGCAGUCCCAGAAGCUGAGACAAAGGAGCCAUCUUUCACUAAGGUGGAAGUGAUCCUAGACUGUUCCGACAGGGAGAAGGAAGCAUCCAGGUCUCUGGCUGAAAAGGGGUGUGUAGAUUCUCAAGUGGAAGGAGGGCAGUCAGAAGCACCUCCUUCUGUGGUCUCCUUUGGAAUCUCGUCCGAAGGCACAGAGCAGGGAGAAGACGACGAGCACUCUGAAAGGGAACAUAGCAGACCUCACAAACACAGGGCAAGGCACGCCAGGCUCAGACGGAGUGAGAGCCUGUCCGAAAAGCAGGUGAAAGAAGCCAAGUCUAAAUGUAAGAGCAUUGCCUUGUUGCUGACGGCAGCUCCCAAUCCCAACUCCAAGGGGGUGUUGAUGUUCAAGAAGCGUCGCCAAAGGGCCAGGAAAUACACUUUGGUCAGCUACGGCACUGGAGAGCUAGAGCGGUACGAGGACGAGGGUGACGAAUUUGAGGGUGAAGAAGAAAGCGAGAAAGAUAACACUUUUGAAGUAACCUUACUUGGCACCAGCGAGUCAGAAAUCGAUGAGGAUUUAUUCUCUGACCUUGACAAAGAAGACCGGAUUGUGACAUUUGACUGGGACGCUGGUCUCCUUGAGGUUGAGAAGAAACCGAAAAGCGUGGACGAGAUGCAGAUGCUUCCAGAGAGCAAAGGCAAAGGUGCACUCAUGUUUGCCAAAAGACGGCAAAGGGUGGAUCAAGUUACAGCUGAGCAAGAAGCAAUGAAGAUGCAGGUGGUGCAUAGUAAUGAGGGGCGCCAGGAGGCUAUCACAACAGAGAACACCUCGAAAAUUAGCUCCUCCUUAUACCAGGUAAAACAGGAAGAAGCUUCUCGAAUGCACAGCCACGUGAGCAAGCGAUACAUCGAAGUGAGCCGCGGUCAUGGCACAAUGAUACAACAAAAUGGCAUUGGAGGAGCCCCUGAGACAAACAUGCUAUAUCAGCCUUCUGAACCCCUGAAAUCGGCAAGCUUAAACAGAACAGCCAAGCCUUUCCCGAAUAUACAGAACAGAGCAGCGGCACCGUUUUCACCCACCAGGAGCAUGACGAGCCCUCUCUCAGACCUUCCCACACCUGCUCCUUACGCUUCAGCCAGCCCACCGCCUGAAGCCUUAUACAGAACUGCUUUGACUCCCGUUGCCAGCACAGCUCAGCCGUCCUUAUGGUCUCCAACAGAAUCAACAGAGCAGAUUGCCUCCAGGGACGAGAGGAUUGCAGUGCCUGCCAAAAGGACUGGAAUCUUGCAAGAGGCAAAGAAAAGAAACACUGCAAAGCCCAUGUUUACUUUCAAAGACACUCCCAAGGUGAGUCCAAACCCGGCCCUUUUGUCCCUGGUGCAGAAUUCGGAAGGCAAAAAAGGUGCAGCCACUGGCUUUGAAUCGGGCCCUGAAGAAGAUUAUCUCAGUUUGGGAGCAGAGGCCUGCAAUUUCAUGCAAAUCCAGGCAGCCAAACAAAAGGUUCCUCCUCCAGUGGCUCCAAAACCCUCACUAAAGGUUUCUCCUACUGACGCAGCACCAAUUUCGCCAGUCUGGUCACCUCCGGCUGUUGCUGUAUCCCAGCCACCUGCUUUUCCAGCUCCGAGAUCGCCUGAAGUGGCAAGUCCAGCCCCUGUCAAAACAGCACAGCCUGCUUAUCCCCCUCCACAGCCCCCAAGUACUCUUAACCUAGCUGGUCCUUUUAAAGGGCCUCCAACGGCUGCAUCCCACCAAAACUAUACACCAAAAAUGACGCCCACCACACCGCUCGGCAAUGCUGUCCUUGCAGGAGGAGUGGGGCCGGCUUUUGAGAUGCCCCCAGCGUUGAGUGGGAAGGGAGCGCAACUCUUUGCCAAAAGACAAUCACGGAUGGAAAAGUAUGUAGUGGACUCAGAAACUGUGCAGGCCCACAUGGCCCGGGCAUCGUCACCCACCCCAUCUUUACCGGCGUCCUGGAAAUAUUCAUCUAAUGUCCGGGCACCACCACCUGUGGCUUACAACCCCAUCCAUUCUCCAUCGUAUCCUCUUGCUGCCGCCAAACCACAGUCAAAGUCGCCCAGCGUGGCCAAGACUACCAAGAAGAAACCUAAGAAAGCACUUAGCUCUUUGGAGGUGAUGAAGCAUCAGCCGUACCAGCUUAAUGCGUCCUUGUUUACUUUUCAGCCUCCCUCUGAUAAAAAGGAACUCCCAGUUCCUAAGCAACCUGCAAAGUUUGACUCAGGGCCUGCUUCGAGAUCACUGAAUGUGGGUUCUCCAGCUAACGUCAGAGCAUCUUCAGUGUACUCUGUUCCCGCCUACGGUCCACAGCCUUUCUUCCAGUCAAACGCCUCUAGCCCUGUAAUUGAGUCCUGUGGAUCAACAGGCUACCCUGCUUUUCUGAAGCAAGAACCGGCUGUAUCCCCUUCAGUUACUACUCCAAGGCCAAAGUUUUCAGCCAAGAAAGUCGGUGUUGCAGCACAGGAAAGAGACGCAGAACGGUCCUUAUCACUCCCUGGAUGGCCGCCUUCAACCACUUUGCGAUCCAUGUCCCCUGUUUCUCCUGUGACAUUCCAACCAGCUCCUGAUUAUCUUGACAAACCACCUCCAGCAGUCGACAAGCCUGGGAAGAGGCUGACUCCUUGGGAAGCGGCCGCUAAAUCCCCUCUUGGCCUUGUGGAUGAUGCCUUUGGCCCUCAAACCAUCCAAGAAUCGAUUGCUGCAAAUGUCGUUUCAGCUGCUCGCAGGAAAACGCUUCCAGCACCUCCAGACGACUGGAAACAAAAAGUCACUUACCAGCCUCCUGCCCCGAGUGCCCAUGCUAAACUAGCUUCAUUUGGAAGAAGCCAUUCGGCAGCCGUAUCCUCUGCAAAGAGCACAAUGUCUGCGCCAAGCUCCACCGGGCAUUGCGGCUCUCGUCUGCAGUAUGCCUAUUACGGCCAACGAGCCCGAACUGAUCCUGACAUGGUGUCCAUGGAUUCCAGGUCUGAUUACUGUCUGUCAAUAGCUGAUUCCAACUAUAAUCCAUAUCCUAAGGGAUGGAGGCGUCAAACAUGAAAAAAAUCAGAGACCAUCUUAGUUGUCUUCCUUGUAAUUCUACAAGUCUAGUAG